UGACAGGGCAGGGGGCCAAUAACAGGGCAGGGGGCCAGACAGACAGACAGACAUGGAGGGGAAGAGGAGCGCAGCGCUGUGGCCCCUGAUUUGGGGGUUAAUGCUCACUGGUACCCAGGCCCUACAGCGUGAGGCGCAACUGAGAGACAAACUGUUCGAGAACUACAACACCAAUGUGCGCCCCGCGCGGACCCCCGAUCACAGAGUCGUCGUGGAAGUGGGGAUGACCCUGGCCCAGCUCAUUAGUGUGAGCGAAAAGGACGAGGAACUGAAGACUAAAGUUUAUCUGGAACUGGCUUGGAAUGAUCACCGGAUCUCCUGGGAUCCCAAAGAUUAUGGGGGGAUCGAGUCCCUGCGAAUAGCAUCCUCCCAGGUCUGGACCCCCGAUAUUGUGCUCAUGAAUAAUAAUGACGGAAAUUUCAACUUUGCGCUACAAGUGGACGUUCUGGCGUCUUCGACGGGAAAUGUAACGUGGCACCCGCCCGGCCUGUACGUCAGCAGCUGCAGCAUCGAGGUACCGUGCCAACUGGGGUGCCCCCUAACCCCCACUGGGGUGCCAGGCUGGGUAGGGGUAGCAGUGCCAGGCUGGGACAUCUUCACGCUCUGUCUCUCUGCUUCCCCAGGGGAGAAGAUGACCCUCUCUAUAUUUGCCCUCCUCACACUGACUGUCUUCUUGCUGCUUCUGGCGGAUAAAGUCCCCGAGACGUCCCUAGGGGUCCCCAUCAUCGUCAAUUAUCUCAUCUUCACAAUGACCCUGGUGACCUUCUCCGUCAUCUUCAGCGUGGUGGUCCUCAACCUUCAUCACCGUUCCCCCAACACCCACCACAUGCCCCAGUGGGUCAAACAGAUAUUCAUUCACUACCUGCCCAAGUACCUGUGCAUCCGCCGACCAAAGCCAGAGCCCCCUCUCCCUGUGCAUCCGCCCCCUCGGCAAGUCACGUCCACGCGCCACGCUGAUGAGUAUUUCAUUCGUCGGCCGGAAAAUGACUUCUUCCUUCCCAAGCAGGACAGGUACCACGCAGACCCCUUCUCUCGGGAUAUGAAAUGGUUCCUGGAAGGUCCCAGUCUGGGUUUGGUUCUGCCCCGAGAUCUCCAGUCGGCAGUGACGGCCAUUAGGUACCUGGCCCAGCAGCUACAGGAGCAGGAGGACUAUGAUACUCUGAAGGAGGACUGGCAGUACGUGGCAAUGGUCGUCGAUCGGUUUUUCCUCUGGACGUUUAUUGCCUUCACCAGCCUGGGAACCCUCAGCAUCUUCCUGGAUGCCAACUUCAACUUGCCCCCCGAUACCCCCUUCCCCUGAAUUCACUGUGUGCCCCCCCACCCCCACGUGUGGCCCCUCCCCUCCCCACAUGUGGCCCCUCCCCUCCCCACAUGUGGCCCCUCCCCACAUGUGGCCCCUCCCCCCAUCAUUUCUUGAGGCCUUGGUGUUUGAGUUUGGUGCAAUAAAUCUCUUUGUACGGAAA